CUUCCUGGCUAUGGCAGACUCUGGAACUUCUUGCUGAAUCAGCCCGUUUGGCCGCUGAUGUGACGAUCGCAAGUCAUAUGACUACCUGCAUGAACUUUGCUGCUGAGAAGUUGUUCUGGUUGUUGGGAGAUUUCAGAAGGAAUCAAAGAAGCGAAUGAAAAGGCCCUCUUCACUGCUGAUUUUUUGUUACAAUGAAGCUUAUCAUUCUUGAUGACUACAAGCAGGCAAGUGAAUGGGCUGCCAAAUACAUCAGAAAUAGAAUCCUUCAGUUCAACCCGGGCCCAGACAGGUACUUCACCUUGGGACUCCCCACAGGUAGUACCCCUCUGGGCUGCUAUAAGAUGCUGAUAGAGCACUUCAAGAAGGGAGAACUCUCUUUCAAAUAUGUUAAGACCUUUAACAUGGAUGAAUAUGUGGGGCUUCCAAGAGAUCACCCUGAGAGCUACCAUUCCUUCAUGUGGAACAAUUUCUUCAAGCACGUUGACAUCCAGGCUGAGAACACCCACAUCCUGGAUGGGAAUGCACCUGACCUGCAGGCAGAGUGUGAGGCCUAUGAGGAGCAGAUCAGAGCUGCCGGAGGGAUAGAUCUCUUUAUGGGAGGGAUUGGACCCGAUGGACACAUUGCCUUCAAUGAGCCUGGCUCCAGCCUGGUGUCCCGGACACGGGUCAAAACAUUGGCCCUCGAUACCAUCCUAGCCAAUGCUAGGUUCUUUGAAGGGGACCUCACCAAAGUUCCCACCAUGGCACUGACGGUUGGGGUUGGUACAGUCAUGGAUGCCAGGGAGGUGAUGAUCCUCAUCACUGGGGCGCAUAAAUCACUCGCACUUUACAAGGCGAUUGAGGAAGGUGUUAACCACAUGUGGACCGUGUCUGCCUUCCAGCAGCAUCCUCAGACAGUGUUUGUGUGUGACGAGGAUGCCACACUUGAGCUGAAAGUUAAAACAGUCAAGUAUUUCAAAGGUAUGAUGCAGGUUCACAACAAACUUGUUGAGCCUUUGUACAGCACUGAAGGGAAGAGUACAGACGUCAAGCCGUCGCCAGGGAAACCCUACAGCGACUGAAGCCCUUGGAAGAGCUCAGUUGAUUAAACACACGGUGUACAAUUAUAUAUACACACUGCUGUGCAAAAGUCUAGACAUGUUGCAUUUUUCUACUCUGAUGCAUUAUGUUCAUCA